AUGGAAGUGACCAUGCAAGAGCUCUUCAUUAGGGCGGGGCUGUUCGGGAAAGACCUCAACAAGACGAGCGAACAGAAAGUGCCAGAGGGGCUCGGAGUGCUGGCUGGAGCGACAUUCCUCAUCUCUCUCUUCCUCUUCAUCCCCGUCCCCUUCCUCCUCACCUACCUCCUCAAUCCCCACCUCUCUUUUGAACACAAUGAGUUUGCCCAGUUCCUGUGUGCCCUUCUCUCCAUCUGCUGCAUGAUAUUCCUCGGCUUCGCUGACGACGUGCUCAACCUCCGCUGGCGUCACAAGCUCCUCCUGCCCACCAUUGCCUCCCUCCCGCUCCUCAUGGUCUAUCUCGUCAACGGGGGCUCCACCACCGUGAUCCUCCCACAGCCUGUCCGGUUUGUCCUCGGAGGAAGCCUCAAUGUCGGAAUCUUCUACUACGUGUACAUGGGUAUGCUGGCAGUGUUCUGUACCAAUGCCAUCAACAUCCUGGCCGGGAUAAACGGAGUCGAGGUCGGCCAGUCGGUGGUCAUAGCUGCCUCCAUCAUCCUCUUCAACUUCCUGGAGCUGGCGGGCUCCUGGGGCUCAAAACACCUCUUCUCCCUCUACCUCCUCCUCCCCUUCCUAGCAGUCUCUCUCGCCCUCCUCAUGUACAACUGGUAUCCAGUCACAGGGUUUGUAGGUGACACUUUCUGAUACUUUGCGGAAUGACGGUUCGCGGUGGUCGGAAUCAUGUCGCACUUCAGCAAGACAUUGACGCCUCUCUUCAUUCCAGAUUCGCACUUCCUGUAUCAUGUUCACAGCUGUGUGGUAUCAUUCCUUUCACGGACCACAGACACCGCCCCUCUACCCAGGAUCUGAACAGACAAAUAUGGACUCUGGGCAUCAGCUGGGCCCAGUUCCAUCCUUCUACCGAUCUAGGCCUCUGCAAACUAACUCUCAGCAUCAGCAUCCUACAGUACCAUUCAGACUAGUGACCACAGAGGCUUUUGCCAGCGAGGAGGGCGAGAUCCGCGUCAAUAACCUCACCAUCAUCACUUCUGCUGAGACUCACUGGCCCACCCGACGACGAACAACCACUGACUGUACGUGUGCUGCUCGUCUUCAAGUAUAGCCUCAGCGGCAUGCUUUCUUAUUCGCUACGGUCUGGUCAUAAGUCUUCUAUCCCUAGCACACCAUCGCAUGACAUACUUCAUGCAUCAUACCCUCAUCUAUAUAGGGAUCAGUUUGCAUCCCUUACCAGUUUCUCUAUGUUCUGAUUUUGUUGUAUAACUAUCUCGGACAGUAAUAUAUCGUGUUUGAGCAUUUGGUGUGUGUGUGUGUGCUGGUGAGGAUAAUUAAUGCACAUUAAAUUAGGCUGGUGGGAGGUU